AUGAAAGGAUUUAUUGUAGCUUUGUUAGUUAUCUCCCUAGUCACUUGUGAUUAAGACCCAAUAUUUUUGGGUGAAACAUAUUACUCUGGCUAUAUCAAUGUCACUGAAAACAGUGAUAUGUUUUAUUUUCUGUUAGAGUCACGUUCUGAUAAUCCUGCAAAUCCUUUACUUUUGUGGCUUAAUGGUGGCCCUGGAUGUUCUUCUCUUCUUGGUUUAUUUGAAGAUAUCGGCCCAUUCAAAAUCAAUGAUGACAAUACCCUAGAUUACAGAGAUUCACUUUAGAACAUAGACAUUAAUUUGCUUUUUGUUGACUAACCCGUUGGUACUGGUUUCAGUAAUGCAGGUGUUGGAGAACUUGCUAGCACUGAAGAGGCAGUGAAAAAUAAUUUAUACUCAUUCUUAACCUAAUUCUUUGACAAAUAUCCUCAAUAUGCUGGAAGAGAAUUCUACAUUAGUGGUGAAUCUUAUGCAGGAUAAUACAUCCCUGCUAUAUCCAGCAAAAUUUUAGAAGAAGACAAUCCUAAUAUAAAUUUAAGGGGUAUAGCUAUUGGUAAUGGAUGGGUUAACCCUUAAUAUCAAGAACCUGCUUAUGCUGAUUAUGCCUUUGCAAAGGGCUUAAUCACUGAAGAGAAAUACAAUAGUGUUUAUUCUUAGUUCAAAACAUGCGCUUCUCUCAUUGAAAAUAAUUCUCCCUUCGCUUAAACAAGCCUUUCUUGCAACCCUCCCUAUCUAGAAAUAGUUGGUAAUCCACCUAAAUUUAACAUUUAUGAUGUCCGUAUUCCCUGUUAAGGAAGUGGAUGCUAUUAAGCAGAAGACGAUAAGAUUGAAAAGUUUAUUCAAAGACCUGAUGUUUAAUAACUUUUAAAUUUAAAGGAUAAGAAGUGGGUUCCUUGCUCUAAUUAAGUAAGUGAAGCUCUUAAAAAUUUGACAUACAGAUCUUCUGCCAAUGAACUUGUUAAAACUAUUUCUAGUAAAAUCAAAAUCUUGAUCUACAAUGGUGAUUAAAAUUUCUAAAACAACUACUUAGGUGCAGAAAAAUGGGCUGAAAAUCUUGAAUGGUCAGGUAAAAAUUACUUCAAUGCAGCCAAUUACGACAUCUUUAAUAUGUCAGGUAAGGACAUAGGUAAAAUUAAGAUAGUAGAAAACCUCAAUUUCUUAAUAGUUUUUGGUGCUGGUCAAAAAGUUUUUAAAGAUCAACCUUAAAGUGCUUCAAUUAUGAUGAACUAAUUCAUUUUUGGUGCUUUUAAUUGA